CGUCACGCCGCGCGCCGGGCCAGGAGGAGGCGGGCGCCGGCGGCGUGUGUUCAGUGUGCUGGGACCGGCGGCUGAGAGACAGGGCCUGUCGCCACCGGCGUCAUGGUUUCGCGCGUGCAGCUCCCGCCUGAGAUCCAGCUGGCUCAGCGCCUGGCGGGGAACGAGCAGGUGACCCGAGACCGGGCGGUGAGGAAGCUCCGCAAAUACAUUGUCGCCAGGACUCAACGGGCCGCAGAUGGUUUUACUCAUGACGAGCUGCUGAAAGUGUGGAAAGGGCUGUUCUAUUGCAUGUGGAUGCAGGACAAGCCGCUCCUCCAGGAAGAAUUAGGAAGGACCAUUUCCCAGCUCAUUCAUGCUUUUCAGACCACGGAGGCACAGCACCUGUUCCUGCAGACCUUCUGGCAGACCAUGAACCGCGAGUGGACGGGCAUUGACAGGCUGCGCCUGGACAAGUUCUACAUGCUCAUGCGGAUGGUCCUGAACGAGUCCUUGAAGGCUCUGAAGAUGCGUGGCUGGGAAGAAAGACAGAUCGAGCAGCUGCUGGAGCUGCUGACCACUGAGAUCCUGCACCCCAGCAGCCAGGCCCCCCACGGGGUGAAGAGCCACUUCAUCGAGAUCUUCCUGGAGGAGCUGGCCAAAGUGGGCGCCGAGGAGCUCACAGCAGACCAGAACCUCAAGUUCAUCGACCCCUUCUGCAGAAUCGCCGCCCGGACCAAGGACUCCCUGGUUUUGAACAACAUCACUCGAGGCAUCUUUGAAACGAUUGUGGAACAGGCCCCACUGGCCAUCGAAGACCUCCUGAAUGAACUGGACAUGCAAGAUGACCAGGCAGCGUCAGACAGCGAUGAGUCCUCGGAGGGCGGUGAACGCGGAGACACGCUGCCCCAGAAGAGUGCCAAGAGGCCACCCGCAGGCUCCCUCUGCAAGGCUGAACUUGAGGCUGGUGAGGAGCAAGCAGGUGAUGACAGGGACAGUGGCGGCCCCGUCCUCCAGUUCGACUACGAGGCAGUUGCUAACAGACUGUUUGAAAUGGCCAGCCGCCAGAGCACCCCUUCUCAGAACAGGAAGCGCCUCUACAAAGUCAUCCGGAAGCUACAGGACCUGGCAGGAGGCAUUUUCCCUGAGGACGAGAUCCCAGAGAAGGCUUGCAGGCGUCUGCUCGAAGGGAGGCGGCAAAAGAAGACAAAGCAGCAGAAGCGUCUACUCAAGCUGCAGCUGCAGCGCCGGAAGGGUAGGCCGGGGAAAGGUGAGAAGGAGCCCUCGAGCCCGGGCAUGGAGAGGAAGAGGAGCAGGAGGAGGCACGUGGGGGCCGACCCUGAGGUGCGGGCAGAGGCUGCUGAGCAGCCAGGCACAGCUGAGCAGGCCCUGCUUCGAGAGCAGCCCAGGGGCCGCGGCCAGAGAGGGGCUCGCCAGAGGAGGAGGGUGCCUCGUGCCCGAGCCCGAGCAAAAGUGCCCAGUGUCCAGGAGCCGGAGAAGAAGAAGAAACGCAGGGAGUGACGUGGCCGGGCCCAGGGCAGGCAGGGAGGGAGGCCAGGCCGUGCUUGCACCGAGGGACGAGGCUGACUGGGCUGUUCCGUGGUCUCGGGACCACGGCUCCAGAGCUCCUGUGCCAGGUGGAGACAAGGGCGGCACUGGAGAGGUGGGACCGACAUUAGGAGCCGGCGUCCCAGGAACCGCUCCUCUCCCGAGCCUCUGCCUGUGGCUGUGAUGACCUUGGGUCAGAAGAUCAACUCUGAAGACUGAAAACUCCUCCUGCAGCAGGACUGGCCGCCCCCGCCAUGGGGGUUCCAGAAAUAAAAUGCUGCGCAGAGCUUGCCCUGGAAAUGUCACUCCUGGUAUGCCCUACGGACGUGUGGGAGGUGGCAGGUGCCGGUAUCUGAGCAGUGUGGUCUUUU